UGUGGCCGCUUUGCCUGCCGUCUCUCGAUUUGCUGUGGACGCUUUGCCUGCUGUCUCUCGAUUUGCUGUUGCCGCUUUGCCUGCUGUCCCUCGAUUUGCUGUUGCUGCUUUUCCUGCUGUGUCUCGAUUUGCUGUGGCCACUUUGCCUACCGUCCCUCGAUUUCCUGUGGCCGCUUUUCCUGCUGUCUCUCGAUUUGCUGUGGCCACUUUGACUGCUGUCCCUUGAUCUCCUGUCCCUCGAUUUGCUGUGGCCACUUUGCCUGCUGUCUCUCGAUUUGCUGUUGCCUCUUUGCCUGCUGUCCCUCGAUUUGCUGUGGCCACUUUGCCUGCCGUCUCUCGAUUUCCUGUGGCCACUUUGCCUACCGUCCCUUGAUUUCCUGUGGCCGCUUUGCCUGCUGUCUCUCGAUUUGCUGCGGACGCUUUGCCUGCUGUCCCUCGAUUUGCUGUGGCCACUUUUCCUGCUGUGUCUCGAUUUGCUGUGGCCACUUUUACUGCUGA